GGGUGGGCCUGUAUGGAGAUUGAUCGCAGCCUUUUAAAGCCUCCAUUGGCAACGCAGGUGUCCUCCUGCGCUGCAGUGGCAUCUCUGUGGGACUUCAGCUUUCCAGAGUUUACAACUACUGUGCCUGCAGCAUCAUGGCUGCGUACCUGUUCCUCCUGGGCCUUUUCCUGCUGCUGCCCCGACCCGUCCCUGCUCCCUGCUACACUGCCACUCGGUCAGAAUGCAAGCAGAAGCACAAGUUCGUGCCAGGCGCAUGGAUGGCUGGGGAAGGCGUGGAUGUGACCACCCUCCGCCGCUCCGGCUCCUUCCCAGUGAACACACUGAAGUUCCUGAGGCCUGACCGCACCUGCACCCUCUGUAAAAACGCCCUAAUGAAAGGCGCUAUACAGCGCCUACCCGUGGCGAUCACCCACUGGCGGCCUCAGGCGUCGUCACACUGCCAGCGUAAUGUGGCCGCAGCCAAGGUCAGCUCCACGGAGGGCGUGGCCCGGGAGGCAGCUGCUAAUAUCAAUAACGACUGGCGUGUGGGGCUGGAUGUGAACCCUAAGCCGGAAGCAAACGUGCGUGUGUCCGUGGCUGGCUCCCACUCCAAGGUAGCUAAUUAUGCAGCCGAGAAGACCUAUCAGGACCAGUACAACUUUAAUACUGACACAGUGGAGUGUCGCAUGUACAGUUUUCGCCUGGUGCAAAAACCUCCACUCCACUCUGACUUCAGGAAGGCACUCAGGGGCCUUCCCCCCAACUUUAACAGCUCCACGGAGGACGCCUAUCGCAGGCUCAUCUCCUCCUAUGGCACCCACUUUAUUACGGCUGUGGACCUAGGUGGCCGCGUCUCAGUCCUCACAGCCCUGCGUACCUGUCAGCUGACCCUGGAUGGGCUCACAGCCGAUGAGGUAGCAGACUGUUUGAACGUGGAGGCCCAGGUCAGCAUCGGUGCCCAAGCCAGCGCCUCAAAUGAAUACAAAGCUUGUGAGGAGAAGAAGAAACAGCACAAAAUUGCCACCUCUUUCCACCAGACCUACCGCGAGCGUCACGUCGAAGUGCUCGGUGGUCCCCUUGACUCCACGCAUGACCUGCUCUUCGGGAACCAAGCUACACCCGAGCAGUUCUCAACCUGGAUAGCCUCACUGCCGAGCAGCCCUGGUCUGGUGGACUACAGUCUGGAGCCCCUGCACACACUCCUGGAAGACCUGGAUCCGAAGCGGGAGGCGCUGAGACAGGCUAUCAGCCAGUAUUUGAUGAGCAGGGCCCGCUGGCGAGACUGUAGCCGGCCCUGCAGGCCAGGCCAGCGUAAGAGUAGUCGUGAUUCAUGCCAGUGUGUGUGUCAGGAUUCGGAGGUCACCAACCAGGACUGCUGUCCACGCCAGAGGGGCUUAGCCCACUUGGUGGUAAGCAAUUUCCAGGCAACAGGUCUGUGGGGAGACUAUAUCACAGGUACCGAUGCCUACCUAAAGGUCUUCUUUGGUAGCCAGGAGCACAGGACCGGUGUAGUAUGGAACAAUAACAAUCCCAAGUGGGAUGACAAGAUGGACUUUGGGAAUGUGCUCCUAUCCACAGGGGGACCCCUCAGGGUGCAGGUCUGGGAUGCUGACAAUGGCUGGGAUGAUGACCUUCUUGGUUCUUGUGACAGGUCUCCCCAGUCUGGUUCCCAUGAGGAGACUUGUAACCUGAACCAUGGCAAGGUAAAAUUCCAUUACCAUGCCAAGUGUUUGCCCCAUCUCACUGGAGGGACCUGCCUGGAAUAUGCCCCCCAGGGGCUUCUGGGAGAUCCUCCAGGAAAUCGCAGCGGGGCUGUGUGGUAAAAUAAUGAUAAUGAUAAUAACAUGCCUGGGUGUAGUAGCGCACACCUUUAAUCCCAGCAUUUGGGAGGCAGAGACAGGUGGAUCUCUAGGAGUUCGAGGCCAGCUUGGUCUACAUAGUGAGACCCUGUCUUAGAAAAGCAAACAACAAAACUGGGAUGCUCGACUGACUUCUCCCUGGGGAUCCGCAAUGGCUUCAUAUGCAGUAGAGCACACAGCCUGAGCCUCUCGCUAGAGUGGCCGAGUUUUCACAAUAGAGCUCCGCUGCCUCUCCCCGUCACACUGCCUCAGCCCUCCAAUGUCCCCAAGCUUCACAACUACUGCUGCUCAGCAUAAACACAGGCCAGAAGCCCAGCGGAAGGCCAGAAGCUGUCUCCACUCAGCUCUAAUCCCAUUCUCCUCAGCAUGGCAAGAACAUCUGUUAGAGACAAUCCCUGUGCCCCGCUUCCUGUGCACCUUUGUCCCUCAUCCUGCUCCUGACGAAUGAAGGCCUGUGCCACCAAGCACAUGGCUUGACAGAGGGCUGUAAAUAUGAUGUAAUGAUAAGCAUGUUGGUGGCCUGGUGACAGAGAAGAGGGGACAGAUGAUGCCCCAGCGAUAGAAUUCUAUGUCCAACAACCCAGUUUUAUAAAAUGGGCAGUCAGGUACUGUAAGUGAACUGCUUCUUCUAAUUCUGCUGGUAAUGUGGGACCCCAAUCCCUUACCCUCUGAGUGGAGAAACUUUAGCAUAAUGUGGCAAUAAAUGAUGUCGGGCAUUCA